CUGGAGCCCAGGACAUUUUACCAACUGCGGUAAAUGCACAUAUGUUAAUAAAAAUAUUGUGAGCAUUGAAAGUGAUACAGGUGUUAAGGCACAAUGUAAAAAUGAAGGACAACAAAUGCAGCUUAUGAAAAUACAAAACGCCAAUACUAUAGUAACAAAGCAAAAUACGUUGUUACAAGAAAGAAAUCAGACUGCCAUUUUUACUAGAAGUAAUAUACAAAAUAACAUCACAUCAGGAUCGCCUCUUUAUGUAAAUUCUGGAUCAUUCAAUCCAGGUCAGACGGAGAGAAGAAUAUUUAAAUCAUGCCCCAAUAAAAAUCGACAGGUGACAAACAACAUAGUAGGCAUAGUGUCUCCAAGUACUCCAGAUGUAAUAAACGUAGUGACAAUGGAAAAUCGAAUUCAAAACUCUAAUGCGACGACUCCCAAAUCUACACUAUCCGUUUGUAAGACUAUCAAUUCGCAGAGACAGAAUGUGACUGUACGUCCUGUUCGUACUUCUAAUCCAAAUAUGUCGCAAGUGCGAUCUGUAUCAGUAGUUUCUCCUGAAAUUUCUAAAACACUAACAAAAGCGCAGCCUCCGGAUAUGGAGCAUUUAAAUAAGCAAAUUAAGCAAGCCAAAUUCAAACAAUUAAACGUACAGAAACAGCAUAUUGAGAAGUCAAGGUUUCAGCAAAAUAACACGCAACGACAACACUCUAACACUUUGCAACCUGUUCAACCCCCGUUGAACACUCCUAUACGUCGUAUCGUAAAUUCUGCGCCACAAAGAACGCAGCAGAUUCCGAUGUCGCCACAACAAGUACAGAAACCACCUAUGGCAACGUCAACCCCUUCGUCAGCUGAACAUAAUACGCGCGAUGGUAUGGACAGUAUGGAAGUGGAUUCUAUUGAACAUGCUGUGGAGAAAGGGCAUGUAACGCAACAAUCUUCUCCGCCGCGAUUGGAGCAUGAGAACAGUGCAAGUGAAAGCAUUGCUUAUCUCCAAAAAACUAUUAGCGACCCAGCAAAUGCCAUAGUUCAGCAUCAGAUUCAAGGAAAUACCGCUAAAAUGUUAGUGAUAUUAGCCACGGGAGAACAGAAACUAAUUACGUUCGACAUACCGAACGAGGACUGCACUGUACACGACCUAUUGGACCAGGUACAUGCAAUCUUGGGCAAGAUAUGUUUCUACAAAGAUUUGUAGAAAAAAUUGUAGAAUGGUGGACAAAUUGUUGUGUAGUUGGGAGAAUUUCAGAGAAGUUUGUAAGAUAUUUUCAAAUAUUAGGGAUAUCUACCUCAACGUCAACGCUUAUUCAAAUUUAUAAACUUCCUUAUGC